AUGUUUUAAUAAAUAAAGUAUAUGUAAUUAGAAACAGAAAUGACCGAAUAUGAUGUCUAAGUAGAUGCAUCAUAAAAUUCUCCAAAAAAAGAGUUUAACCAAAAAACUGAUAAAGGUGGUUAUAAAUGUAAAGCUUUAUUAAUGGUUGCAUUUUAUAUUGGUUCAUUUUUGUCAUUCAAUGGAUGGUAAAAUAUUAUUUUUGUUGGAAUUUAUUUGUUAAUGGCUGUAAAUAAUAGAAAGAAUUUAAGUGAUUUAGUAUUGGCUAUAAUAGCAUUAAUAAUAAGUAUUACCAAUUUAUUUGUUGAAUACAAUUUAUUAGGGAUUUCAUAAAUAAUUAUGAGUUUAGGUAUUUUAACAUUUCCUUUUUCUUAAAGAAUGAUUUAAGAAAUAAAAUUGGUUUGGUUUGAAAUAAAGAAUUUGGCAAUUACCAUGUUUUUUGUUUUAUGUUUAUGUGCUUAUUCAACAACUGCUUAUUAUGAUGAUGAUGAAGAAUUGAAAAUAUUUUAUGGUACAUUUGGUAGAUCAGUAUUAACAUUUGUAUAGGCUUUAAGUUUGGAUGAUUGGGCUUAGAUAGGAAGAGAAUCAGAUGAUUUAUUUGGAUAUUUUAUAUUAUGUAUCUAUAUUCUUUUAAUGACUUAUUUCUAUUUAAAUAUAAUGAUGGGUAUAUUGAUUGAAACUUUAUAAUUUGAGAAAAAAGGUAAUCAUUUAGAUGAUCCUUUUAAUUACGAACUUCAUUAAUAAUAAAUAUUAUCAGAAUUAGUUAAAGAAUAGAAUUUAUUUGAUAAAUGUAUUAUUGGUAAUUAUUAUGAAUAUAUUGUAUUCUUAAUAAGUUUUGGAGGGAUAUUUAUUUCAAUACUUGAACAUUUUGAUCAUGGAGAUAGUACAAUUGAAUUAAUAAUUGAAUUGAUAGAUGAUGGAUUGUAUACAAUACAUUUUAUUAUAUUGAUGAUAAAGAAGGGGCCAAUUUAUGAUUUAGAAAGAAAGAAUAAAACUAUGAUGCUUCUACAUUUCAUAGCUGGGUAUAUUUAUUAAUAAUUAUCUUAGUCCUUUAUCUUUAAUUUGUUCAUUUAUUUUCCUUGAAAUUGGUUGUCUACUAAAUUUAUUAAAAAUUGCUACUACUCCAUCUGUUAAAGGAAUUUUUGUUGGAACUAUAGAUAUGUUACCUUUAUUAAUGCCAUAAUUUACAGAGCUAUUUGGAAUUCUAAUGUUCAUUGCUAGCAUAUUGACAUCGAAUUAUUUUGCAUACACAGGAUUAAAAGAAUAAGAGUAUUUUUCAUCAUUUUGGGGUUCAUUUUAUACUCUUGUUUAAAUUAUGACUUUAGAUGGUAAUAUUUUCAAAUAUUAAUGUAAGAUUGGGGAAAUAUAGUUGAACCUAUGUAUUCAAAACAUGGAUUUAUAUUACCUUACAUUAUUAUCCCAGCAUACAUUUUUAUAAGUAAUUUUAUCAUAUUGAAUACUUUAAUUGCAUUGAGUUGUGAGUAUUUUGUAGAAGUCAAAUAUUAUUCUAUUGAAAAAGAUUAAAGUGAUGUUAGAUGUUCUCAAUUUGUUGGCAUCAAUGAAUUGAAGAAUUAUUGUAAAUAAAAUUAAAGUAAUUUAUAGUAUCAUCAUACUUAAGUGCAAUUUAAUAUUCCGAAUGUCAUUGUUGGGUUUGACGAAUAAUUAAGUUCCAAAAUUAAAUCAGACACCAUAAUUUAAAUUUAAUAUGGGAAUCUUUAAUUUACUGCUCAGGUAAUAUAACAAUCUGAUGCAUUAUGAUUUAAAUAAGAUUAUUUGAGGC